UUGUUGUGCCCUUGGAUGCUGAACUGCUGGAGCACAUAGGCGAAACCACACCGCCAUAGCAACCCAAUUCUCAAAAUACACAACUUGGCAGCUGUGAAUGCCCUCUGUGAAUGCUGUUGUGGAGUCAUGUCCAGAUGGAAGAAGGGUCAAAAAUAAGCGAACGACGAAUUUUCCAUAGAAUAGAGAUGUCGUUUUCAUUAUGCAUAACCUGGCUUGAUUGAAGCUCGCGGAACCUGGCUGGCUCGCUGUACAUAUCUACAAUGCAUCAUCUCUUUGGAGUUGUUUUGGGACAGAAGGAUCUUUCGCGUGCAGGGGACCUCUUCUCCUUAGACGAUUCUGAAAUCGAAGGGUGUCUGUCAGAAGCUCUUGAGCAGAUAAGAAUUAUCAGUUCUUCUCCAGACUACCAAACAAAUGACAAUGAUCAGGCCGUCGUGGAAAUCUGCAUCACUCGAAUCACCACAGCAAUCAGGGAGACCGAAUCUAUCGAGAAACAUGGAAAAUCCCUUGUUGCUCUGUGGGAGUCGUGCUUGGAGCACAACCUGAAACCUUCAGGAAAAGACGAAGAUACCCCGCAUGCAAAAAUCGCAUCUGAUAUCAUGAGUUGCAUUUUGCAAAAUUACAAUCGUCCUCCCGUUAUGGCCCUGGCUGUCCCAGUGGCAGUGAAAUUUCUGCAAAGGGGUAACAAAGAGCUGUGCAGGAAUAUGUCAAGUUAUCUUUCCCUGGCGGCCAUCAGCAAAGCAGAUCUCUUGGCUGAGCACACAGAAGCAAUUGUAAAAAGCAUCCUGCAAGGGAAUUCCAUGUUGCUACGCGUAUUGCCGUCUUUGUAUGAAAAACAAUCACAGCCAAUUAACAGCCACCUGAAAGGCCUGGUUGCACUGAUGUCUUGCUUGGAACAACCUGAACAGCAUCAUCUUUUACAGCUUUUGCUGAUAGCUGCUAAGAGAAAGCAGCCAGAGGUGCUUCGAGAAUGUAUUCCCUCUCUAAUUAGUCAUCUAAGAGAUCCCAAUAAUAAUGACAUCAUCCUGAAUAUACUGAUAGAAAUAGCAGGCUAUGACCCAGAUGUACUAGCUGAUUUGCUUCCUACACUAAAAGAGAUCGGAGAUAGUUUCCCAAGUCUGAUUGGACAAACAGCAAGGAUCUAUGGAGCUGUUGGACUAAUUGAUGAGGAGAGAGCCCGAAUAUGCCUGUUCUACUUGGUUAAUCAACUAGCUAAUAUGGAACAUUCAUUCCACCAUAUCCUUCUGCUGGAGAUUAAGCACAUCACAGAUACCUUCUCCAAUAUCUUGGGCAUCCAGAGCAGAGACAUAUAUCGCAUGAGUAACAGUUUCACUGCCAUAGCUAAACUUCUCAUUCAACAGCUGGAAAAUGACACGACCACUGAAAGCAGAGUAGAAGAUGUUGCUGAAACAGAAUCUCCUUCACAGCUGGAUAAUUUAAAAUCCAUUGUGAGUGGAAACGAAGAGGAAGAAAAGCUUCAGGUUAAAAUACAGGCUUUUGAAGCGAAAAUAAACCUUGACAACAGUACGCCUGGCUCUGUGCGCAGGUAUAGUCUCGGCCAGGUUUCUAAAGAAGAAAAGAAAGACAUGAGAUUUAACAGGUCCAAAAGCCUGGCUUUCCAUGCUGUUCAGAUGAAGAGUGUUCAUUCAGACACUGGGCAAGAGAUAGAGAGCAAAGACAAUACAGCCGGCAUUUCUUUCACAGAUACCUAUUUAAGCCAGGAGAGUCACAAACUGCCUGCAACUGCAGGCACUGAAGAGUUGCAGCUGGAAAACGCUUUACUUUCACACCCAAGUAUCAAACGUAUCGAAUCAGAGAAUCUGCCAGAACCUGUUAAAGAAAACUGCUAUGAAGGGAGCCCAAAGACAACAAAGCAACCUGUGGAAUAUCAAGAUAAGCUUUACUUUCACUUAAAGGAAAAUCUCUCUAAAGUGAAAGCAUAUGUCCUGGAGAUGGGGAGGAAAAUUCCACUCCCAGAUGAAUGUGUUAUUGAAGGAUUACCUGCUAGUUUGUUUGUAGAGCAGGAUCUGGACCAUGUACAGAUACAUCUGGAAGAAGUGAGGUUCUUUGAUUUAUUUGGUUACAGCGAGGAAGCGAGGGCUUGGCAAUGUUUCAUGUGUAAUAAUCCUGAAAAGGCAACAGUUGUGAAUCAAGAAGGCCAACCGCUGAUUGAAGGGAAGCUGAAAGAAAAGCAAAUCCGAUGGAAAUUCAUCAAAAGGUGGAAGACCCGCUACUUCACUCUUGCUGGCAAUCAACUUCUCUUUCGCAAAGGAAAAUCAAAAGAUGACCCUGAUGACUGCCCCAUUGAGCUUAGUAAGGUCCAGAGUGUUAAAGUUGUGGCCAAGAAGCGCAGAGAUCGUAGCCUUCCCCGGGCCUUUGAAAUCUUCACAGACAGUAAGACAUAUGUUUUCAAGGCCAAAGAUGAAAAGAAUGCGGAGGAAUGGCUCCAGUGCAUUAAUGUUGCAGUUGCGCAAGCCAAAGAAAGGGAAAGCAGAGAGGCAACUACAUACUUGUAAAAACGUAUGGACCUGUUUAUGCCAUUUUGUCAAAGCAUCUCAUUUUUCGAAAAGAUACUUUCACAUCUCAGUGAUAAGAGGCUAUCACCUGGGCUACAUUCUUCACUUGCAAGAAGGGUUGAAGUGAUGUAUCAUGUUCACCCUCGCAUUGUGUUUACUUCAGUUUAUGAAACCAUCACAUAACAUCCUGUCUUCUAAUGCUUCAGUGUUUGUUCGUGAAACCUGUACCAGGAGAGUGUCCACUGUACUUGUCCUCAAGAUCUCUCUGUCCACCACAGUCUACAGAACUAUGGUCCAGUCUAGAAAGCAAAUGCGACUGGAGUUAUCCCUGCAUGAAUUCAAGGAACGUGUUCCUCAUUAAGGAGAUGAAAAGUGAAGAAUGCACAGAUUUUGUACAUUAUGGGUGAACACAACAGAAGCAAGAAUCUCAUUCCAGAAUGGUACUUAAAGAUGUACUAACAUUGCUUGUUAUUGUCAUUGUGUUGUCAGCCUGUGAUGAAGACUUAUGUAUUCUUGCCGAGUGACACAGUGGCUAAGCCCUUUUUUUCACAGAAUCUGCACUAGUUGCUUAGCAAGGGAAAAGUCCAGCCAGAUGGCAACCCUAAAACUCCCUUCUAAACAUCAGAAGAUAACUUGUUCAAUGUUACUGCCAACUGCCUGCCACACUUUUCUUUGGAAAGCAUUAGAUCAUAUCCAUGGCCAUUCCCAUCCUUCCAGUAUUAGUACAUACAGGUGUGCAUAGUUUUUGUGACAUUAUUUGAUUGUGUUUUGAGUAGGUUUAGGGCUUAUUCAGAGUUGCUUCAUUCAUAUACCCUGAAUAGUGAAGCUGCUGCAUUUGCCUUACCAUGAUGUAGUGCUUCCUGCCUGCCAUUUUGUUCAACCCAACCCAGUCCCAGGGCCACCUUACUGCUCUGGCCCUAAUGAAAAUAAACUACUGCAGUAACAUAUCAGGAUUUCAAAGUGUACAUCUCAAACUGUUAUUGAAGCUUGGAGACAGAUAACCAUAUACAAGAGAAACCAAAGAUAGUCCCAUUUAUCUAGUGGAAAAUCAGAUUGAAGGUGACUGAUGAAUCCAUGGUUGAGAUGGACCUCAAACAUGGAUCUUGUAGGUCUAACUGUAAUGCACCUUGAAUCUCAGCAAUAAAGCUGGGCUCCAAAUAAUGUAAGACCUUUUCCGCACAAAUCACUUAGAACAUUUCCAGAACGUUUUUGAUCUUCUCUUUACCACGAUGUUUAUCCACACUCACCUCCUCCAAAUGCUUUAUAGUUAUUGUGAAGGGUGUGUGUGUGGCUUAUUUGUUGAGAUGAUGUUUUGUUGAUUCGUUGCUUCAAUGCUCUGUAGAUCUGUUUAAUCAAUGCUUCAUAUACGGAAAAGGACUAAAUAAAUAAACAAUUUGAGUAUGACACAGGUGUCAUACAUCCCACGCACUGAUGUAUUUUAAAAUGCCUUAUACCUUUGAUGCUGGGUACUUUAAGCUAAUAAUUAUGCAAGACAGGUCCUUCUUUAUAGUAGUGCAGCAGAAUCACUGCAUGUUUUUUUUAAAAAACCCUGAACAACAAAUAGGGGGAAAGGAGACCUAAUGCCAUUACCAGAUAGCCCUGUGAGACGGCAGCAGAUGUAUGGGGCCUUCUUGUUUAGCCCAAUUUUGGUGUCUGAUCACUAAAUACAUAACAGUGCCCACAGUAGACUACUGACAUUAGGACUCACACUGGUUCUGGGCACAGCUUGUAGCUGUGCCUCACACUUUCAUAUCUGUCUCAGCAUCCUCUGGUCAGGACCUUCAAUGUUCCACUCAGUUGCAGACACUGUUUUAGCCCCAUCAAUUGCCCCAUCAAUCACUCCUUGGCGUUAUCUUGGUUCCCCAGCAAGGUCUCGUCUCACUUGGAGUUUAGAAAGGUCUUUCUGUUCUGCCAAGCUUUUAGCUGAAGUUAGAUCAUAUCCAUAGACACAAAUAGACAUUCUGCUGCUGCUACUUUUAUUGCUUUUUGUUGGUUGUUUUGAAAUUAGUGAUUUAAAGGAUGUUUUGCAUUACAAUUUGAAAUAUUUCAUGUGCCGUCUUGAAGGCCAUACAUUGAAUGUUAUGGAAGAAAUCAGCUGAUGGGAAAUAUUAGGUCCAUUAAUAUAGGUACAGUUUUGACUUUGGGAUGGAUGCUUGUGUGAACCACCUCAUUUACCAGAGUGGUUUGGAGGACAACCCAAAUGAUGCUCUAGUAAAAUAGGAACAUCAGUUAUGGAAUUUAUACAGCAUUGUAUUGAUGUUCAAAUGGAUGGAGAGACCUACAUCAGAUAAUUUGAAGGUUUGCAUCAACCAUAAUGGAUAGAUAGACUUAUGACUUCCUGUGUUCUUCCAUUACUUUUUACCAGGGGAAAUUUAAUUCAUUUAACAAAAAUGAAUAAAUGUCUAUUUGUGUCUAUGUGAUAUACACCUUAUACCUGUCAGGUCCUUCUUAUCUAUCCAACAGUGCAGUCCUAAGCAGAGUUACACCCUUCUCUGUUCAUUGUUUUGAAUGGGCUUAGAACGCUGGGCUGUGACUCUGCUUUCACUGUAAAUGGCUCUGUGGAUCUGCUUAGCAUGGAUAAGUUUAUAAUGGUCUUGCAAAUGAAAAGAUGUAGGUUUUGAAAAUUAUUACUGCUCGAUUUUUAUACUGCUAACACUGCCAUGUUUUCCAGAGUAUUGUUCUUUUAACAAAGUAUGUUUUAGAAAAUAAUGUUUAAAUUAAAAUCUAAGAAUUUCA